AAUCAGCGGCAGGAUGCCCCGAAGCUCCGCCCCGCCGCGCAUGCUAUUUAUAAUAUUGCCAGAGCAGCCCAAUCUUGACAGUUGGAGUAGACGUGAAAAUAUCCUGACCUCGGCAGCUGCAGCUUCAGCCGCGGAUGCCGUUCCUCCCCGAAACACCUGAAAGACACGUUUCAUAUCGCCGCAUCUUAAAAGUCAUCGUCGUUCGCUUUCAACUUCGAAUUGACUAGUUGACGGGCAAACAAUGGCACAAGGGACGAUCGUCACGGAUGGCGAUGAGGCGCCCGAAGUCCUCCAGGUCCUGGCCGGCGAGAAACAAGCCGAUGGGGAGCUGGAGAAGAAAGAGAACGGGGACAGCCAGGUGAGCGUCCCCGAGCAAAGCGCCGAGUCCACGUUUGUCCACCCGGAGGGCGGCUGGGGAUGGGUGGUCAUGCUGGCUUCCAUGUGGUGCAACGGCUCGGUGUUCGGGAUCCAGAACGCCUUCGGGAUCCUCUUCCUGUCCCUGCUGCGGGAGUUCGGCUCCGAGCACGACGACGACCUCCGCUUCAGGACAGCAUGGGUGGGCUCCCUCUCCAUGGGGAUGAUCUUCCUCUGCUCACCCAUUGUAAGCGUCUUCACAGAUAUUCUCGGAUGCAGAGUUACUGCCGUGGGUGGAGCUGCCGUCGGCUUGGUCGGCCUCCUGGCCAGCUCUUUUGUCACGUCUCUAGGCCCCAUGUACUUCACCUACGGCAUUGUGUUUUCCUGUGGCUGCUCCUUUGCCUACCAGCCCAGCCUGGUCAUCUUGGGCCACUACUUCAAGAAGCGUCUCGGCUUGGUGAACGGCAUUGUGACUGCUGGCAGCAGCCUAUUCACAAUCAGCCUUCCCUUUGUGCUGUCCAGCCUGCUGGACAGACUGGGCCUCCAGAACACCAUGCGUGUCCUCUGCAUCUUCAUGUUUCUGCUCAUGUUGGCCGGCUUCACCUAUAAGCCUCUGCUGCCACGCAAGCCCAGAAGCACACGUGGUGGUUGUCCGCCCAUUAGCCAGUUGUUCAGCGUCAACAUUUGGAAAUCCGUGGGAUAUCGCAUAUGGGCUUUCGGCAUCCCAGCAGCCCUUUAUGGCUACUUUGUGCCUUACGUUCAUCUGAUGAAGUAUGUGGAGGAGCGCUUUGGGGAGGAUUCCAAUAAAGAAAUUCUGCUCAUGUGCAUUGGCAUCACGUCCAGUGUUGGACGACUCAUCUUUGGCAGAGUUGCUGACUACGUCCAAGGAGUCAACAAAGUCUACCUGCAGGUGACUUCCUUCUUCAUUAUUGGCCUUUUGUCUAUGAUGAUCCCGCUUUCCAACGUCUUCGGCGGACUGAUCGCCGUGUGCCUCCUCAUGGGGAUCUUUGACGGCUGCUUCAUCUGUAUCAUGGCUCCCAUCGCCUUUGAAUUGGUCAGAGCCGAGGAUGUGUCCCAGGCCAUCGGCUUUCUCCUGGGCCUGAUGUCCGUGCCCAUGACUGUGGGACCCCCGAUCGCAGGCUUCCUCAGGGACAGACUCGGAAACUACAACUUGGCUUUCUACCUGGCGGGCAUCCCCCCACUCGUUGGAGGGUCUAUCCUGUGCCUGAUCCCCUGGGUGGAGGCCAGGAGCAAGAAAGCGAAAGAGGAAGCGCUCAAGGAUGUCAACCAAAAGAUGUUGGAGCACGACAAGCCUCAAGAAGAUGCGCAAUUCAAAGCUGGAGAGUCUAUCCUCUAAUUCCCCCCCCACCCUCUCUAAACUGUGACACAACAGGCUCUGACUAAGACGGUUUGUGUGUGUGAUCAGUAAGGAUCCUAAUGAGUGCCUUGAAUAGCAGGUCUGCAAAUGCCAAAGUGAGGAAAUAGUAAGAGCUUGAAGGAUUUUAACUUAUUCACUGCCAGCCCUCCCAGUUAAGAGGGAUAUUUGACUUCUAACGCCGUCAAUGGCAGUGAUUAAUUGAACAUGAAUAUGAUCACGAGGAACUAUGCAAUGAAAUGUGAAGUCUUAACAAUCUGGAAAACCAAUGUUGUCUUGAAGGGAAGCCGUGCGAUAGCUGACAGAUUUAGCCAUCCAUUUUCCACUCUUGUUGAAGACCGAUGGCACACUAAAGGGAAAUCCCUGUUUCAACACUCUCAUAUAUUUUUGGACAGUAACACGAAAGUACAUUGAAGAUUUGAUGAUAUAGGAAAGCAGUGGUUUGUGAGAAAUUAAUUUGCCUCGCAUUACCAUAUUGAUGUCCUCUAAUCAACUUGGGAUUCAGCUAAAACUUAAACAGGGUUUCCUAAUGUUUUUUUGGGUUUUUUUUCAGUUUAUAAACCAAAUAAAAAUGUGGUUCUGGCAUUAUAACAUCUAUGCCCAUUACAUCAACACCCUCCUCCUAACUAACAAUCUGACAAUAUAGAACACAGAAGACAUGAAUUUCCUACAACAAACAUGAAUCCAAAAGAGAAGAAAUUCUUCCUGUAUUUUUGGUGUGAGACCUCAGUUUGGGAAACGCUUCUCUUAUUAGGGUUGUUCAUUGGGAUCAGUUGCUCUUCAAAAGCACAUUUCAACAAGCUGUGUCAGCUUUUCAAAUUCAACAUCAACAUCCUUUCUAUUUAACACUAUUUACCAUGUGGGGAAAUGCUUCAGGACUGUCGACAGUUUAAUGUCCUUAAGCUGCACACGUUGCUGCCGUGUGUUCUUUGCGCGCACAUUUCAUACGCUCAGACCGAGUGUAGUUUGCGAUUCAUCAAUAACUCAAGAUUGUGCAGGUUGUAGCAAAGUCCGGGUUCUAAACAACAGGUGAAUGACCUCAUAAAAGGACCACUUUACCAAAGUAGUAUUUUUAACCUGAGGCAAGAAAACAAUCAGACGACAUGUGUUUGACUAAUUAUUGACACAUUCUCCCAUUUGCGUAAGAGGGGGGGGGGGGGGGGGGGGUACGUAUUUGCCCGCUUUUUCUGGCUGUGCAAAUUCUUCCAUGGACUUAAAUCUGUCAUUUUAUGAACCUUCAUGCCAGAUACGCGCUUCUGCGUGGCACAACCCUGAAAUCUGGGUGUUCCCUGCCAAGUCUACCAUCAUGCGUUUUCUUCCAUUGGCAUACACACUUUUCCUCUUUAUAUUGAAGGUUCAGCUCUCCAGCCAGGCCAAAGAUCCCCAUGCCUGGCCGGUGCUUAUUAAAGUAAGCUAAUUGAUUUCAUUAAUCAAGAGGAGGGGUCCCCAACCGCUGUGGCUGCACAGAAAGACUGAACAAAAAAUAUCUUAUUGAAUGAAUCAAAGAGGCUUUGUGAGUCUACUAAUAGUGUUUUUCGCUGUAAUAUUUGUGGAAAAUAUGAGAGCUAGCGGGCUUCUUUUCACCGUUUGUUUGCAAUGCUCCAAACAUGAUGCUGGCUGGCAUUAAAAGACCAGCCUUUGGAAUUUUUUUAAACAAAAAAACAAACAAAAAAAAGAUGGCACCGGCUUUUUGAAGAGAAACAAGCGCACCUCCAGCCUCUCACUAAUUGCGACAACUGCAUUCAGUCUAAUGGUGAGUUAUUUGUGUGUCAUUUGUUUGAAUUUGUAUUAAUGCCGGUCCGACAAAACACAGCGGCUGAAAUAGGUAUUUAACAUGUCACCAUUUUUCCCACUAAAUGUACUUCCAAAGGUGCUAUUUGUCAACGUGAAAUCAGUUGGUGCCGCAAAAUAGGUUAGGGAAUGCUGAUCGAGAGCAUGGUAGGUCCACGCUCUUUUGUUUGUCCGCCAGAUGCAUUCAGUCAUGAGCACAGUAUUUUGAUUAAAUGACUUUUAUUGGAUUUAUUUCAUACAGAAUAAAAGGCAUGCUCUCCUUCAAAGUGUAAGUGUAGCCAGAGCGGUCCACGUGUCCUGACCACACACUACCCCUUACAUAUGGCUUUUGAAAUUUGAAGUGGGCUCUUUUUUUUUUUUUGUUGACAGAUUUUGAUGACGUUCACAAGUCUUAAAAGAUCCAUGUACAGUCAUUUCCGGACAACCUCUGUUGUCAAUGAAUCACUCCUCUUUGGCGUGUCCAAGUUCAUUGAUAUGGGUGUGUCAGUUUCAUGGGAGAAUAUGCAUAAAUGAAAAGUGCGCAAAGCCAGGCAUUUCAAAAAAAGUCUUCUGCGCAGAUGGGAGUAUAUGCCCCUUAGUGACCUAAAGGUCACGUUUGGUCAAAUGAACGAUUAGCUCAAUGUGUAGUUUACUAUACAUCAGUGUGAGACAUGUUUUUAUUUAUUUCAUGUUCUUGUGCAAAAUGUCAUGCUGUAUAGAUUGGCUUAUUUACUAGCGACUGUGCUUUAACGAGUGAACAUAAUCUUAAUGACCACAUGAAAUACCAAUCAGGCAAUCAUUAUUAUUAUAAUCAUUGUUAUUUGGUGUUAUUAUUAUUCUUUGCUUCACAGAUCCGUGACACACAUUACCUCAGACGUGAAAAGUAGAACUGUACGUGCUCACGUGUGGCCGUCCAUACAUCAGAGGCACUUUUCUUGUUUCAGUGUCUGCAUGACAUGCCGCUAGAAACCACUGAGUCUUAGAAAUGAAUCCGACUAAGUCUGAAAUCUUACAUUGUAGUGUUUACAUAUUCUGAACAUUGUCGUGUCAUACCAUUUUUAUCAUGGUAGUUACCUCUCUAUUCGGGUCAGGCAUAUCCUUUGUGCGCAUGACUUUUAUCAUGCUUUUUAGACCAAUCAGACAACUUGUUUAAUUGCUGAAUGUGUGCCUCUGCAAUCACUUUGCCAUACUCACUUACACAUAGCGCAUAAUCAUAAUUUUUCCAAACCUUGACGUAGGAUCUGUGCCACCCAAAGAGAAAAUGUGAGUGUGAAAUGCAUAUAUUUUGAUUUUCUCUGCAGAGUUUAUUUACAAAGUGCCUUAGCAACAUGCCUUAACUUUUCAUGUCACAUGUUUUUGUUUGUUUUGGGUCCUCAGACAGGUUAUGCUUACCUGCUUCAUGAUUGGAAACAUUUUUAAUGCGUUUAUAUAAAUUUCAUUGCUGAUGUGUUUUUCCUCUCUUUGUAUCCUAAUGUAGCCACUAUCAUCAGUGCAUGUGUGCAUUUUGGACUUGCUUCGAGUACAGAUAUUAAGCCAGCGAAAGGAUGUCUCUUGUAUCUUUCCCAAAAUGCUGAAAUUUGACUGAUUUGCUUUGUGCUAGGUUAUGUCCGUCCAAAUUCCAAAUACCAUUGUAAUGUUAUCCGUCGGAGGAUAAUGUCACAUUGAAAUCCAUUUUAUGGAAAUUGUCACGUGCAAUUAAAAAAAACAAACAAACAAAAAAACCAUUGA